AUGUCGACCCUCGCCUCCUUCAAAAUCCCCGACAUCAAGAAUGAGCCCAACCAGCAUUACGAGAAGGAUUCCGCCUCAAGAGCAGGCCUGUCCGCUGCUCUCGAGUCCUUCCAGAAGAAAGGCCCCCUCACCAUCCCAGUCGUGAUCUCCGGCAAAGAGGUGAAAACAUCGAGCAUCAAGACUCAGCAGAACCCAUCAUCGCACGCAACGGCGGUGGCCAACUACUCGUCUGCUUCAACAGCUGAAGUCAACGAUGCCAUCACGCAAGCACUAGCGGCCAAGCCAGCAUGGGAAUCCCUCCCCUUCGCCGACCGCGCUGCCGUCUUCCUCAAAGCCGCCGACCUCAUCUCCACCAAAUACCGCUACGAGAUCAUGGCCGCCACCAUGCUCGGGCAGGGCAAGAACGCAUGGCAGGCGGAGAUCGAUGCCGCCGCUGAGCUGUGCGAUUUUCUGAGAUUCAAUGUGCGGUAUGCGGAGGAGCUGUACCAGGGACAGCCGCCGUAUAACUCUGCUGGCGUUUGGAAUCGGCUGGAGUAUAGGCCGCUGGAGGGGUUUGUGUAUGCGGUGUCGCCGUUCAAUUUCACGGCAAUAGGCGGGAAUUUGCCGGCGGCGCCGGCGUUGAUGGGGAAUGUGGUUGUGUGGAAGCCGAGUGAUUAUGCUAUUGCGAGUAAUUACUUGGUGUAUCAGAUCCUGCUCGAGGCCGGCUUACCGGCGGGAGUCAUACAAUUCGUCCCGGGAGAUGCGGUCGAGGUUACAAAUGCGGUAUUGGGGCACAAGGAAUUUGCGAGCUUGCACUAUACGGGCUCAACGGCGGUCUUCAGGAAGUUGUACGGGCAGAUCGCGAACGGAGUGGCGGAGGGGAAAUACAGGGGCUAUCCAAGGAUAGUGGGCGAAACGGGUGGGAAGAAUUUCCACCUGAUUCACAAGAGUGCGGAUCUGGAGAACGCGGUCAAUCAGACGGUCAGGGGGGCGUUUGAGUAUCAAGGGCAGAAGUGCUCGGCAUGUUCGAGGGCGUACGUUCCCAAGUCGUUAUGGCCAGAGUUCAAGGAGAAGCUCGUGAAGAAGGUCGGAGCGCUCAAGGUUGGCCCGCCAGAGGAGUUUGGAAACUUCAUCGGCCCUGUCAUCCACGAAAACAGCUUCAACAAGCUUAAGGGUGUGAUCGAUGCCGCAAAGGACGACAAGGAUCUCGAGCUCGUGACCAAGGAUCCAGGACACAAGAAUCUGCACACUGAGUUCUUUGGGCCGAUACUGACGGCGCAUGUGUAUGAUGAUGCGCCGGUGGAUGCGUUUGAGAAGAUUUGCAGGACGAUUGAUGGGACAAGUGAGUAUGGGCUUACGGGUGCUGUGUUUGCGAGGGAUAGGGCGGUGUUGAGGUAUGCGGAGGAGGCGUUGCGGAACGCGGCGGGGAAUUUCUAUGUUAAUGGGAAGUGUACAGGUGCUGUUGUUGGCCAACAGCCGUUCGGUGGUGCUCGAGCGUCUGGCACGGAUGACAAGGCGGGCAGUGUGUUGCUUUUGCAGCGGUUUGUUACGCCUAGGGCGAUCAAGGAGGAUUUCUUGCCUGCUGGGACUAUUGAGUAUCCUUCGAAUGAGGUAUGA